GUAAAAAUUGAUAGAAUCAGCGCCACGUCAAAAUCGACGUUCUUCCGUUGGUGAACCGAACCGUGAAAGUAAUAGGCGGCUCAAUUUCGGUGGAGGGUAUAAGAAUUCGAUCUGGAAUCGAAACUGACCGACUCCCAGAUCUUCUUCCUCCUCUCCGAUCUAUGAAGCCAUGUCGGACGAGGAGCACCACUUCGAGUCCAAGGCCGACGCCGGAGCUUCCAAGACCUACCCUCAGCAGGCUGGUACUAUCCGCAAGAACGGUUACAUUGUCAUCAAAGGCAGACCUUGCAAGGUUGUUGAGGUCUCCACUUCCAAAACUGGAAAACAUGGGCACGCUAAAUGUCACUUUGUCGGCAUUGAUAUCUUCACUGCCAAGAAGCUUGAGGAUAUUGUUCCCUCUUCCCACAACUGCGACGUUCCCCACGUCAAUCGUACUGACUACCAGCUGAUCGACAUAUCUGAGGAUGGAUUUGUGAGUUUGCUGACCGAUAAUGGCAAUACUAAGGAUGACCUGAGGCUUCCAACCGAUGAAGCUCUGCUCACGCAGAUCAAGGAUGGAUUUGCCGAUGGAAAGGAUCUUGUGGUGUCCGUCAUGUCUGCAAUGGGAGAAGAGCAGAUCUCUGCCCUCAAGGACAUUGGUCCCAAGUAGUUGCUUAUUAUUCUCCAUCUAUUGAAUUGCUUUAAGACAACAUUUCUUGCAGUACAGUUUUUUGUUGGGGUUUUAUGGGGGUUGAGAAUCUUCGUCACCUUUUUUCGAGAAAUUAUUCCUGAUGGGAAGUGGCCUUGGUCUAAAUGUGAUCUUGCCGUUACAAUACUCAAAUAGUUUUGUUUUGUCCCACUACUUCCGAAACCGUGGCCUCUUCGUGGGUGUGAUCAAGUUAUAUGAACCAGCAAGACUGUGUAACUUGCAAUUUAAUCUCUA